AAUCAGAAUCCUACUAUGACUCAAUUUCCAUAUGCUCCAAAUUAUGUUAUGACUCAAUUUCCAUAACUUUUAACGAUUUCUCGAAAGACCCUAAACCUACAAAAAGUCUUUGCCGAUAAAAAAUUCAUCAUUCUACUACUACUUCACUCUUCAAUUUCUCAGUUCCACACACCAAAAAAAAAAUUAAAAAAAAAAUCAAGAACCAUGUUGAAAGACUUGUUUCAUAAAAGGCUUAGUACCUUUUACAACAGUUUGAUUUUCCAUAAACAAGAUUUAUGGUGUAACUCUGAUGUUGUUGUAAUCAAUUCACAACAAGAAAAAAACCCAAAUUCUCAAUCAUGUAAAUUCUAUUUAUGGCUUGUUGGUGAAGAACUUAAUGAUACAACAACAAUCUUUACUCCUACUGCUAUAUACUUUUUUUGUACCCAAAAAAACUAUUCCAAGAUUCGUUCUUUAUGUUGUUCUGCAACUUUUAUGAACAAAAUCCCUGUUUCUGUUCAAUUAAAAGCCAAGAACGAUGAUGGGUUUGUGUUAAUUGAUUCAACGAUACGUAACGCUAAGGAAAUUCGUAAUAAAAAGGUGUUUUUUGAUGGUCUUGAUGAUGAUCGGAGUUACCCUUUUGUUGUUGGUUAUAUAGAAGGUGAGUAUCCUAAGUCUAAGCUUUUUUGGAGUUGUGUUAAUGAUUUAGAACCUAAAAAGUUUAAAGCUGUUACUGUGAAUUAUGGUCUUAGUAAGAUGAUUAAUACUGCUGCUAAACAAACUUUUGGUGUUGAACUGUCUGAUGAGGAGUUAAAACCACUUGAAAUCCCUCCUAAGCAUAUUUUUACACCUCAUGUUAUUGAAGAAAAAAUGAAGGAUAAGCGUGAGAGUAAUUUGUGGAGUGAUCAUGAUGAACAGAUGUUUUUGCAGUUCUUGGAAAAGGGUAAUGAUCAAUCUGCUUUGUUGGAGAAAGAAAAGAGCAAUCUUGAAUCGAAAUUCGAACGUAUAGGGUUGGGGGAAAAGGGGAGGAGCAAUUUGGAUUCCAAAUUUGAGAAAACUAAGUUCCUCUGGGGUGAGGAAAAUUUUAAACCCGUGUCAAGUAAAUCACCGAUGAGCAGCAGGGUGAACGAAACUGUUUCGUUGAUGGGGAAUCUUGAUCUGUCACUGUCCUUUUCUUCGUCUAGUGGAAAACUGGACAAGUUAAGGGCAGAAAACAUACAUAGUGAUUCGCUGUUUAAGUUUGGAGGAAAUUUGGUGGAUCGUAAAGAAGACAAUUCAAAGGCAGGAAACAAGAAUUGUGAUCAGGUGUUUAAGUUUGGGGCAAGUAGUUUGGGUGCUAAAGAGGACAAGUCAAAGGAAAUAAGCAAAAAUGGUGAUCAGGUGUUUAAGUUUGGGGCAAGUAAAUUGGACGGUAAAGACAGCAAGGCAAUGGAAGGUAACAAAAAUGUUGAUCAGCUGUUUAAGUUUGAAGAAGGAAAGAAAGAUGAUGCCCAGAAGUUUAAGGUUGGAGGAAAGCGGGGCAGGAACCAUCAGCCCCAAUUGAAGGAGGAGAAGCUGCUUACGGAGAGAUUGACAGCCUUUUACUCGAGCUGGAGGGAAUACAAAGAAGAGCAAUGGGGAAAAGCAGAUGUUUUGGUGAUUAGUACUGAAUCAGUGGGGCUACGUGAGACCUUGUCUCCUCCUAUAUCCUCUAGCUUCUUAGUGUGGUUGCUUGAUGAUGAGUUUCCUGAAACCACCGCGGUUUUUACCAACAGUGGAAUAGAAUUUCUUUGCACCAAGGAAAGUUUCUCCAAGCUUCGUACAGUUGGAAUUCGUAUGACAAUGGUUGCUAAGGUUACUGUUUCUGUCCAACUGAAGAAACGAGGAGAGCAGUGUGCAGAUUGGUUAAAAAAGACUCUGUGCCAGGUGAAUAUUGCCACUAAGUCUGGAGCAAACCGGUGCCCCCUUGUUGUUGGAUGUAUUUUCGGGGAGUCUAUGGUGAUGGAGGCUCUUUCACACUCCAAAAUGUUCGAAGUUGUAUAUGUACACAAUUCCUUAACCAAUCCGCUUGGACUGUUACCUAAGCAAUUUCAGAUGUUGUCUUUGGGAACUUUGGAUGGUGCAAAAACUGCAAAUGCAGUAUUAUUUUCUGAGUUCGCCAAAAUGAAGUCGAUGGAUAAUAAAUCUUAUUUGACAAAUACAUCUGAAGAAGACAAGUCAUUGCUGGAGAAGAAGGGUGAUACAUCGUCUUCGUUGCUUACUGACAGUAGAGUGGAUAACGGAGGACCAGUUGAGCAAACCAAACCUGAAGAAAACAAGGUAUUUGAGGAGGACAAUUCAUCAAGAAAACUUGCAGAUAAGAUGAUGUUGCUUGAGAUAAAGGAUAUGGAAACCUCUAUCACAGAGGACGUUUCAGAAGAAAAGCUAUUGGCUGAGGAACAAAAUAUGCCGUCUAACCCUGAAAAUAGCCCCUUAUUGCAAGUGAAGGAGUGUGGCGAGCCAGCUGGUGUUACGGAUGCUGCAUCAGAAAGUUCUUUACCAGAUGAUAACAAUGGCAGCACGAGGAAGGACUCUGUUGGUUCUGAUCGCGAAGAUGAUGAUUGGACAUUAGUUGAGAUGGAGUAUGAUGGGCAAGAAACCGAAGUACUUGAGAAAUUCAGCUGGAAAAGGUGGUUGAUGGAUAAAACAGGAAAAUCAUUGGGUCCUAAAGACGAGGUGUCUGAUGAAGCACCUUCAAAGAGGACUAAGGCUGAUUAAUAAUACAUAUCUGCAGUCGUUUCUCUGUUUGAUUAACAGCUAGCCAACAGUAGUAGUGCACAUGAAUGCUCUUAGUUUUCUCGGUCAAUAAUUUUCGUUGCUUUUCUCAGAACUUCAUGACUUGUCUUUAAAUAUGGUUGCAUCGUGUUAGCGAUAUGUGCCUUCUUUUGGCUCAUGAUGUUUAUAUUUGCUCAGAACCUCUGAUACAUUAUUCGCCAUCUAAUUCUAUGUUUUGAACUGAACCAACUGAUUAUCAGGCAGUAACUGAUUAUCUGAAACAAGCCUUGCUUUUGAUUUU